UGAAAAUAAUGAAAAAAUACCUGUCACGAUUUCCCCUUGAGACAGCGAUGCAGUAUUGCAGUAUGCUCGGAAAACCAAAGAGCAUGUGUGUGCACGAGCCAGAAGUGUGAGCGCGUAUCGAACGCACACUUUUUGGUCUGCAAUGACAAGGGCUUUUGUUAUGAUUAUGUUCUCACUCUGCCCCUCUUUUGUCAUUGUUUGUUUUCCGAAUGUGUGUCAUCGUUUUCAACUGUCCGUGUUUAACCCAUGAUUACAUUUGUCAUAUAAACCCCUCGUGUCUCUGUGCAAAUUGCGCAGUAUUGAGUUUACUCAUUACCAAGCGGUUGUUCUUUGUUCAAGUUUCAUUUCAUGUUCAUUGACCUUGUUUUUCUUUUCUGAUUCUAGCUUCGCCCUAUUUAAGCCUGUUUGUAGAUCACCUGACCUAUUGCCUGUUUUGACCAUGCUUCUGGAUUUGUCUGCCUGUCGCUCGUAAUUAAAGUCUUUUACUGCACUUGUAUCCGUCCUCAACUCCAUUACGUACCGGUACGUGACAAUCCCCCGCUGGACUUUUUUUCACCACUUCCUGAAGUGAAGUCUUUUGACACCAUGGUCUUUUAUAUGCUAUUUUUAUCUAAACGAAACCACAGACACCAACUCUUCUGCUUACUUUAUCUAGAGCCUACAACCAGAUACACAACAGUACCUAACAAUGCAGCAACUCAACUCAUCAAACAGCUCUCUCACCUCUCCUGUCUCAACUGAAAACCUGAUUGCCAGUAGUGUAAUGGCAGUUUGCUUCAUACUGGGAGUUCCUGCUAACAUAGCAGUAAUGGUACGUCUUGCUGGAUGGCUGAAGGGAGGCAGCUUCACUCCGAGACUGAUGCUAAGCCUGGCCAUAUCAGAUGUUCUCACUCUGCUUUCUCUGCCGGUUUGGAUUUGGUCUCUUCUGCAUAGCUGGGUCUUUGGCUUGUUCCUGUGUAAGCUUCUCUCCUACUUGGUGUACUUCAGCCUCUACUGUAGCAUACUGUGUGUGAUGUUGAUGAGUGUACAGCGAUACAUACAAGUGCUACAUCCUCAGGAAUGGAAGAAGCUUGGCAGAAAAGGAAAGAAGAUCCUUGUGAGUGGGAUGUGGAUUUUAAGUGGAGUAUUAUCAUCUUAUGCUCUUGUACAGCGCAAUCUAAGCAAAGACAGUGAAGGACUGCUUCACUGCAAGAGAUGCUAUCGGAAUGAUGUUGAAAGAGUGGCUACUUUAAUCUGGGAGAUUAUACUGUUUGUGAUUUUGUUCCUCACACUGAGUUACUUAUACUUUCAGCUUUACCGGGGAGUUAAUAAGUCAGCUUUCUUUAGCAGUAACUUAAUGACAAAGCUGGUGACCAGAAUUGUGGCAUGUUUCUUUAUUUUUUGGGUCCCGUUUCAAAUCUCCAACAUUGUGCUCAUCAUUGCUGUGUUGCUUGGGAAUGACAGUCUGUUAAAAUCUGCGGACUCUGGAGACAACAUUGCUAUAGCUCUGACUUUUAUUAACAGUUGUGUGAACCCCUUCCUGUACGCCUUCUCCGCUCGGAUUCUACAUCAGCAAACAGCUGGAAUAGAAAAUGCUUAGUUCGUGUUGGUUUGAGAGAUUUUAUAUAUUCUCUCUAACAGCCAGUGACAGCCAUUGCAUUUAAAAGCAGACUCUCUAUCAGUUCUGACUAACUGCAGAAACUCAGCUUGUCUGAGUUGGUCAUCUAAUUCCUACAAAUCCACCAGCGAUUCCAUUCUCAUCACAUCCAUCACUGUGGGAUUUGGCUUUGACCUCAUCUUCACAAAGAACAGACUACAGCAAAUACACUAAAAGUCUGGCUAAGUAGUCAAAGUCCUGCAUCAUACCUCCAAAAUGAAUGCAUGAAGAAAUGCAAAAUACCCUGCUGGACUUUAUUUCACCAUAAUUUCCUGAAGUGUAUCUUUGACAUCAUGCUAUUUUUUUAAAAUCUAAACUGGAAACCACAGACACUAACACUUCUGCUUACUUUGUUAUCUAGAGCCUACACCCAGGUACCACAGCAUCUAACAAUGCAGCAGCUCAACUCAUCAAACAGCUCUCUCACCGCUCCUGUCUCAACUGGAAACCUGAUUGCCAGUUGUGUACUGGCAGUUUGCUUCAUACUGGGAGUUCCUGCUAACAUAGCAGUAAUGGUACGUCUUGCUGGAUGGCUGAAGGGAGGCAGCUUCACUCCGAGACUGAUGCUAAGCCUGGCCAUAUCAGACCUGCUCAUUCUGCUUUCUCUGCCGGUUUGGAUUUGGACUCUUCUACAUAGCUGGGUCUUUGGCUUGUGAUUUUUCUUGCAUGAAAACCACAGAACGUCACACUUCCUUUUUCUAGUCAGCUUUAAGAAAAGUGCCCUUUUGAAUGCAGCAACCCACAUCCACUUUCUAUUCCUUUUGGUAACAUUAAACUUUGUGUAUCUUUUAUACAGUGCAUGUAAUCAUGUAACCUGUUUGUAAAAUUUAUUUUUAAUUAAUUAAUUAAUUAAUCUUUACCUAUAAGUGGCCUUAAUCUUACUUCAAAGUAAAUAAUGAUGUCCUCAGACUGUAAUUUAGGAAGAUGAGAGAUGUUAAGUUUUAAGUCAACUGAUUUGUUAAUAUACUGAUAUUAUAAAUGUAUAAUAAACGUGAUUUGUAUGAAAGUAUGUAAUGUUAUUUGUGAUACAAUUGAGAAACAAUGAAAGACAUAUCUACCUUAUUUCUUUCUUUUAUCAUUUUGCCCUUACUUUGUUGCUUCUUCUGUUUAUUCAUAUGUUCUUUUCUUAAUCCCUUGUCCUUCUUUCCUUCAUUCUUUGUUCCCUUCAUCUUUCUCUCCCUCUAACCUUUUCCCUUUCUGUUUCUUUUCUUUUCUUCUUUCUUCCUUGACCAUCCUACCUUCCUUCCUUCCAUUCAGUCUGACAGAUAGUUAAUUGAUUUAGCUCCAUCUCAUUUUACAUUCUCUGUAUUGUAUCUCUAAAAGCUGAUGAUGUUCUCUGUCUACUCGAAUAUAUCUAGAGUACAGCUAGGAAAAUAAUCUGAUAUAAUUUCAUCAGAGGUUUUCAUCAUGGACCUUAGGUUAUUACCAGCUGAGCCUUUUAUUCUUAAAUUACCUAAAGACUAUGUUCAAGUCGGUGGCCACUGUGGCAUGA